GUCUUUCCCGGAUCGGCCACGCCUCGUUCAACCCGAGGCGCAGGUGUAUCGACCGGAUGGCAUCCCGGUUGAGGUUUUGACAUCCAGCAUGGACUGGGUCUCGGGCUUGGCAUGGCACAACAAGGACGGUACCUUCAAAGUGAGGUUCGAAGACGGUGAGGAGCAGAGGGCCGUCCGCCGGCGGAGCCUACGUGGGCCGGGAAUCGGCCUACUCAUCGAGAACGGACCCCGCUUCGUGGCUUCGUGCGCCACACUUCCAAGCUACUCCAGGGGCCGCUGCAUCAUCGGGGAUCGCUCCCAGAUGCAGGACAACUCGUUUUACAACAGUGGUGUCGGCAGCGUCGAAUGGGUGAUGAAAAGAUGGUACCCCAAUGCAGUCAGGAUCGC